AAUUACGAUCAAAAAUAAAACCCGUAAAAAACGAGCACAGAUCGCCCUCCACCGGGCGCCAUUAAAAUCACACAUUACACGGUGCAAAACCAACAAUAAAAGUGUAACGUACCAAAAAAAUAUACCAAAUAGAAUGCGUUCGUCCGCCUUGGUUCCAUUCCGCUAUAAAAACCCACCCAAGCAAAGUCCGUAAUUCCGUUCCGUCCCGAUAUAAAAUAUGAAAGACUGGGCAAAAUUUCGGCCCUCCGAGCGCUUGCUCGGGCCCCGUCGGGUGGACUCGGCCGCGCUCGGCGCGCCGUAGCGGCAGUUUCUCAGCGAUCGCCAACCGUGCUCUACGUAGCGGCACGUAUUAAUAAUUCACAGCAAAUCGAACCUUAUUACCCCGUGAUAGUGUGUUCUAUAUUGUGAUUUAUCAAGUGCUAUCUUUUUUACAAUUAGUGAUGUACUUAAGUGUGUUUUAAGAAGGAUCGCCGCAUGGAGUCGCAGAGCGUUCGGUGUUGAAAAAUGGUGAAGCAUAUCAAGUAGACAUCCGCCUGGCAGACAAGACAGCAGUAAAUUAAAGAUGAGAUGGCGAGUGGCCGGCGGGAUGGGCGUACCGCUUGCUGCUGCUGUCUUCUUCAUGCUGCCUCUCUUCACAUCGCCUACCGGAGAUAUACGACAUCACGGCACAUCAAGAGCGCGCGGCUGGCGCGCCGGCGCUCAGCCCUCCACCGAAGUGGCGGCUAACAACUCUGUCAGCAAUAUUACAGCCCAGCUGGGAGGCACCACUUAUCUACACUGUCUUGUGGGACACUUGAGUGAGAGAGGGCAAGUGUCCUGGAUCAGAAAAAGGGACUGGCACAUUCUGAGCUCGGGGAAGUUCACGUACACCAACGACGAGAGGUUCCAGGUCCUACACGGCUAUGACGGAGAGGACUGGACCCUACAAAUCAAGUUCGUGCAGAAAAGAGACAACGGCACCUAUGAAUGUCAGGUGUCGACACGAACGGGUAUCGUGUCACACUACGUGCGGCUACAAAUAGUGGUGCCCGAAGCCUUCAUACUUGGCUCGGGAGAGCACCACGUGGAUAUGGGCAGCGUCAUACACCUCAUAUGCAUCGUUGAGAAGAGUCCAACACCCCCUCAAUACGUGUUCUGGUACCACAACGACCGCAUGAUUAACUACGACGCGACGCGCGGCGGCAUCACGGUGGAGACGGAGCCGGGUGCGCGCACGCAGAGCAGGCUCACCGUGCGUGAUGCCACGCUGAAGGACUCCGGGAAUUACACGUGCAGCGCGAGCAAUACGGAGCCGGCUAGCAUACACGUGUUCGUGUCUGAGGGGAGCAACAAAAUGGCCGCGAUCCUCCGACGGAACGAGAGCGCCAUCACGGGCAUCGCGUCGAGCGUGACGUGCAUGCUGCUGUUAGCGUCCGUGCUGCUGCAGUGCGGCCUGCGAUGACGGAUCGAGGUGCAGGAGUAGGCUACAGUGUCCUUUAGAUUAGGAACGUUGUGGAGUAAGAGGGAUUAGAUAGACACCUGAUAACUAGGUUACCAUCACAUGGCGAUAGUGACUUGCCUGCUGCUGCUGGCGUCCGUGCUGCUGCAGAGCGGCCUACGAUGACGGAGCGAGGUGCAGGAGUAGGCUACAGUGUCCUUUAGAUUAGGAACGUUGUGGAGUAAGGGGGGUUAGGUAGACACCUGAUAGCUAGGUCACCAUCACAUCGCGAUAGUGACGUGCCUGCUGCUGGCGUCCGUGCUGCUGCAGUGCGGCCUGCGAUGACGGAACGAAGCGAUUGAAUUGUGUGGCGAGGCGUAGGAUAGUGUCCUUUAGGUUAGACCGAGCGUUGUGGAGUAGGCAGACACCUGAAAGGUUUAGCGUAUUCCAUUCCCAAGAAUUUAGCGAUUAUUUGGUAGUUGGCUCAUAUUUUGUAUGUUGUUAGUCGAAUGCUAUUUCAAAAUCUAACAACAACCUGAUGUCUGUAUGUUCGUUAGUAGUUCCGCGGAAGCGUCCUUCUGAAGGAAUCUCAAAAUGUCAAUAUUGCUUUAGGUACUUAGCCAAUAUAUAUUAAUCUCGUCAAAGUAGUCGGCUCACGUUUUAUUUUCUGCUACUCGUAAUUGAACGCUAUUUGAAGAAGUCACUGCAGUUGUGUGGUCGUUCGAACUAUAUGCAAUGCCAUUUUCUGCAUUUUAGCCAGUAAUUGCGGGACAACUGUCAACAACUAAAAAACAAAAUUCAUAGCGCAGGCUUCAUAGUUACCUACUUCAUUUAAAGACAGUAAACAAAAUAUGCUUCUUCAAAGAAUACACGAAAAGCAUCUUCUGGAUGUGGUUCUGGUUUAAAUAGAAAUAGACCAUAUACACAGACAGAUUGUAGAGGUCCUACAAUCUACUAAUUUGGAACUUGAAAAUAUGGUCUACGAUUGAAUGGGACUAGGAUUAGGUAUUUUCAGAAAGUGAUAACAACAACUGCUCAUACUGCCGGGCACAGGCACGUCCAUCAUGCACGAUAAUAAUAAACGUCAAAUAUCUACGUUUAUUAGACUAGUCAAUAUUGAUACCUGCCGCCGAAAAUGGCGUCACCUACGGCAUCAACAAUUAAAUUGGGUCCUUCACAUUACAUAAUAAAGCCUCCCCAGUAAUAUAUAAUCAUUCCUCUUGGCUUUGUUAUUCUCAUGUAUAGGGUGACCGUUCAGUAUAGUAUGAAAAAAUUAGUUCCUGUUAAAUUCCGCAACAUGGCGCAUGAUCAUAUAUUACUGGUCAGGCUUUACGAGUUUCUUAUACGAUUUGGGAUGAGACACUAUGACAUGUGCAAAAUAAAAAAUUGUCUACGAUCGUUUAUGUCAAAUGAUACCUAUUCGAAUAUUUAAUUUCAGAUACAUUCAAUCAUAAAUUCAUCAAGGAUGCGAUAUUGUGCGUGUUAGGUAGGUACAUAUUUAUGUCUCGUGUGGUAUUUUUGAGGUAAGAAAAUCGUACCAUGUAAAUGGCUCUCAAUUGUUGAGAUACAAUAUAUUUUCUGCUAAAGGAACAACAGGAAAAUGUGGUAGGUACCUACUCCUAAUCAAUCUUACUCUACAACUGUUACCAAAUAGUUUAUCGACUAAGGCUCGUUCGAUUUCUUCCGAAGAACUUUUCUACCAAAUAGCGAAUUAUUUAUCUCGUAACAGUUAGUACAUCUAAUCCUUGACAUUAUUAAUUAUUUAUUUAACUUAGAACAUGAAGACUAACUCAUAGACACUGUCUCGUUACAGCAACAUUCAGCGCCAUCUAUUAAUCGAUAGUUAUUUUGAUAAAGAGGUCUAAGCAUCGAAUAAAAAGGAAGGAACUGAGACCUACUUCAAAAUAAUUUACCUUCAGAUAAACAGAUGGCGCUACAAACUCGAAAGCAGAGGUCUAGGCGCCGAACAAAAUGGGGGAUUACGACCUGCUGCGUUAUUGAGGCCAUCAGACAAUAAGCAAAGCAAAAUAUUGGACAAACGCAAUUUUGUAUAGACAUCGCAUACAAAAAGAGAAAACGUUUUUCUACUUCGAAAUAUUUUCCAUUCACCAUGUUUUUUUCGUAUGUUAUUGACACAAUGAAAAACUAGGCUUAUAAUAGGUUUUCUUUUCUUUUCGAAAAAUACAAUACAAAAAAAAUUAAGCGAAACCUAUAAUAUUUUAUGCUGAAGAGAUCGACAUCCAAAUCAAAGUGAUUUGUUUGUUAGUGGAAAACGUUUUCUCCCGAAAUGUAAUUUCAUAGAAAAAGUACCGUUACUUCGCAAAGCUAUUCUUCCCUCUUAGUUCUUGAGAUAUCUUGCCAUGUGGUAGACGGACAUAGGGCAGAAUUGCUUAGCAAUUAGGCUGAUGAUGCUCAUAUUAAACCUUCAAACCUUCAAGAAAAGAGCGUACUGUCAUCUUAAACACUUACAACCCCUCUGGUGUUGCAGCGGUGUCACCAUGGUUCCAUUUUAGUCGCCUGUCACUAUAUCCGUCACUUUCGCACUUACAUACUUGUUAGAACGUGACAGGUAUGGUGACAAAUGACAAAGAGCCGACCAUCUUAGCCCGACUGGUGUCUAUGGGCGGCGGUAAUCGCUUACCAUCAGGUGAUCCGUCUGGUCGUUUGCCUCCUAUAUCUUCAAAAAUAUAUAUUGAAGUGUAAGGUCAACAUGAUUAUCUUUAUAAUGAAAAUAAAAUCAAGGAUUAGAUGUACUAACAAAUCAAUUCCUCAUUAAACAUAAAUAGACGAAUUGUAAUUACUAGUGUAGUCUAUAAUAAAUAUCGGAGAAUAAAUAUGUAUCCUAAAAUAUUAAUCUAUGUAAAAGAAUGUUCGUUUGUAUAUUAUGUUAUACGUAGGUAAGACAAUGUGCAAUAAAGGUAAUAUCAAUUAGAAAAAAUUACAACAGUAAUAUCAAAAUCAUUUUUAAAAUUAUUUGGCUUUUUAAUUGUUUAACAUCGUUAUAAUUUCUUCGAAAUAUUAUACAGAUGGCGCCAGCACAGGUUUUCCUGUCCUUCCUAGAAUUGUCAAAUUCUUUUUUAUUAAAUGGCCUGGAUGCUAGUCAUUGGAGCCAAAUCUCAUAGAACAAAACAAGUGAAAACCAAUGCUGGCGCCAAGUGGAUACAUGUAUAAACAUACAUAUAUUAUAUUACUAUACUCUGUCACAUAUAGCGGACAUCUGCGAUUAAAAGUUUAUUUCAAAAAUAUUAACAGUGGCAUUACGCUCAAUGUAAUCUAUAAGUUGGUCACCAACUCACCAAAUCUAAAGUAUAACUCUAUUCUAGUAUAGAUACAUGAAUUCAAACUUAAGUCAAUUACGAAAAAUCUGAAAUAUGUAUACCUAUCAGUUAUCAAUGCGUAUAAUUUACUAUUUUAGAAUGGGAAACCCACUUAUUAAAUCAUUUGAGAUAACUAUUUAAUUUACGUAUAUACAUAUUAUCCUAAAAUGAUACUGGGAAAUUAGUUGGUACUAUUGGGUAGCUGAUCGGUCACCUAAUCCUUUGUAGUUAUUUAAAUUAUAUAGCAUACUUAAUCAUUUGUUUUAUCCUAACGUCAACUGGGAUGAAUAUGGGCGGCUGGGGUGAAUAGAGACAAAACUUAAAAUGUGAUUUACCGAACAAUUUCUUAAAACAUACCAACACAAAUUGUAUCACUUGAUUGAAAAUAAUAAUUGAUUUUGUAUAAUACAAUUUGUCUGGGUAGUUAUUAACAAAAUAUCAGGUAAAUCACGUUUUAAGUUAUGUCCCUAUUCACCCCAGAAUAGUGUACCUAUUCACCCCGGUUGAUGCGAUUUUCACCCUCGUGAAAUGACAUUUUAUUUUAAUGUUUUUGCACUGUCACUUAUAGAACACAGAGAUUGGAUGGAAAUUAAAAAUAUAUUUAGUUUAGUGACUGCUCGGCAUUAGUCACUAUUCUUCAUCAAAAGUCUUAAAUGUAAAAAUAAAUAGGUAGUAACUUCAUUCCAAGGAAUAAAAAUCUAGAAAUAUUUGAGCUGUGUAGAUGAGUUUUAACAAGCAUGACAAUUCUAAAAUAAGUAACAAGUGUGCGCAGUGCACUCAAAUACAGAUCAAUUCACAACAGCUGGCACGAAUGGAGGAGUGAAUGAAAAUAUCUAUGUGUGUCACAUUCCAAUAAAAUGGCGGCUCUGACUGUAUACCGAUACAGGGCUAACCACGAAAAUCGAAGUUCGUCAAUUGCGGGCAUUUUUCUCUGUCACUCUAAUUACGUCUCGGUGAGAGUAAAAGAGAAAGAUCCCCGCAAAUUGCGAAUUUCGGUUUUCGCGGUAGGCCCCCAGGUGUCACUCAUACAAUGAAAUUUUCGUUCAUUUCAUUCAAGCCCGCUUUCUUGAAUCGACUGUAGGGCUAAGAUGGUCGGCUCUUUAUCAUUUGUCACCAUGCCUGUCACGUUCUAACAAGUAUGUAAGUGCGAAAGUGACGGGCAUAGUGACAGGUGAUACAAAUGCGACCAUGAUACCGUUGCUGUAUACUAAAGUGUUUGUCAACUUGUUAAAAGUAAACGAAGAUUUUUAUCAUAUACUUAAAAGUGUAUGGGAAAUCUUGAUCUAGGUAAUAAUAGAUAAAAAACAUAGAUAAAUACUAUCAGUAUACUUGUAUAAUAAAAUAUAGGUAAUGUUUGAAAUAAAUGAAAUUUGUUACUUUAUUUAAUGUAAAUAUGGAUUAUUUAAAUGAAGAGUAGAUAAUUAUAUCGAUUAAGUAUUGUAAAUAUUUGUCAGUGUUAUUUAAAUUACUGUACAAACAAUUUUGGUGAUCUGUAUGCAAUAAAGAUUUCUCCGGA